AUGAGCGACAGUGCAGCCGCCGAAACGGCUCCUCCAGCCUCCGCCAGCACCAAACCCAAGGCUCCCAAGAAGAAGAAGGCGGCGGCUCCCAGGAAGAAACCAGCCGGUCCCGGGUUGGGCGAGCGGAUUGUGAAGAUUGUCGGGGAGAACAGCGAUCGGAAGGGAACGUCUCUGGUCGCUAUAAAGAAGGCGCUGCAGAGAAGCGGGGUCAAUGUGGAGAAGCAAAAUGCACAGAUCAGGAUGGCUACCAAGAGGUGCCUGGCGAAAGGCUCCCUGGUUCUGGUGAAGGGCCAGGGCGUCUCCGGCUCCUUCAAACUCGCAAAGAAUCCAGUCACGGCAAAAGUGGGAAAGAAGGCGAGACCAGCAGCAGCCGUGAAGAAAACAACGGCCAAGAAGGUGGCAGCGAAGAAAUCCCCAGCCAAGAAAGCAACAGGCAAGAAAGCGGGCGGCAAGAAGGCAGCAACGCCAAAGAAAGCGGCGAAGAAAGCAGCGCCGAAGAAAAAGACUCCCGUGAAGAAGGUGAUAAAGACCAAGAGCCCCAAGGCUGCAAAGCCGGCCCCGAAAUCGAGGAAACCGAAGGCCAAGCCCAAAGCGAAAGUGACCAAGAAAGCAGCAAAGAAAUGAAGCAGUCCAUGCAACGUGGAACGACCU